AUGGGCAUAAUUGGUCUUCCUCAUGGUCCGGAAACGGGUGAUGAUCAUGUCUCGAUAUAUGAUCUGGGAGCUGAUGAAGCUGUUUUUAACGAAAUUCUUUACCCAGAUGAUAUUUUCACAGCAGAGCAUGUGUAUUGGGCGGAUCUCAAAUUCACAGACAAAAUCUCCUUCAUUACUAGAACUGAAGGAGCCGAUGCAAAGGAAGAGUUAAGAACGAUCUGGUCGAUGAUGAAAAAGGAUCCACUGAGUCCAGUCAGUUGGUACUUCAGCAAUGCUGUUCUCCCUGGUGCGGGCCUGGGUCUUGAAGGAUAUGUUCUUUUCUCUAUCGGAAACUUGGCCCCCCUUUUCUCGGCUGUCUGGCCACAAUGUUGGAAGACUUUUAAAGUUUGUAAUGAGCAGUGGACCUAUGCCGUCACUUAUCUGGAAAUUAUUGGUAUCAUUGUUGGUCAAAUCCUCGUCGGAUACUUGGGCGAUAAGAUCGGUCGUCGUUGGGGUUUGAUCCAAGAUGCCGUCAUUAUGUUCCUUGGUCUCAUCAUGCUCAUCGCUUCCUGGGGCACAACUCUCAACGGUUGGGUUAUUUGCUACGCCUGGUCAUUGUUCUUCUACGGUAUCGGUGUAGGUGGCGAAUAUCCAAUGACAGCCACUGCUGCUAUGGAAAGUGCCACCGCACCAAAUCGCCACACAACUAAAAUGGACCGCCUGCAUCGUGGACGCAAGGUCACCAUGGCCUUCUUGAUGCAAGGUUGGGGUCAAUUCUUCAACCAAGCCAUUCUCAUCCUUUUACUUCUCAUUUUCCAUCACGGAAGUGGAAAUCCACCUUAUUCCACAGUCUCAGCACAAUGGCUUUUCCGGGUCUCAUUCGCCAUUCCCGCCGUCGGCACUCUGUGGCUUGUCUAUUACCGAAUGUAUAAGAUGCCCCUCAUCUCCAAAACACUGGACCUCGCCAAAAAGAAGACGAAUGUUACUGGAUACGACAGAGAAUCUCUUAGCUUAACAGUUAAACAUUUCUCAGGACGCUUGGUCGCUACAGCCGGAGCCUGGUUUUGCAACGAUGUCUUCUUUUACGGCAACAAACUAUUCCAAUCUCAAUUCAUCAAAGUCAUCUCGCCAGGCUCAACAUCAAUCAUGGAAGGGUGGUUGUGGAACUUGUGUAACGUCGGAGUAUCUCUUGCCGGCUAUUAUUGCGCGUCGUUCCUCAUCGACAACAAACUCUAUGGACGAAAGUGGAUGCAGCAAGUUGGAUUCGCUUUAGAUUUCAUUCUUUUUGUUAUUCCAGCUUUCCACUACGCCAAAUAUACUAGCAUUGCUGGUAUCAAAUCCUUCCAGGCCAUGUACUUCUUGUCGUCCUUCUUCAACCAAUUCGGUCCAAACAGUGUUACCUUCCUCGUUGCUGCGGAAGUUUUCCCAACACCUAUCCGCGCCUCUGCACAUGGAUUCUCGGCAGCUGUUGGCAAAUUAGGUGCUUUGUUCGCAUCAGUUCUUUACAACUUUAUUACAACUCAGCAAAAGUUCUACAUCGUUCCAUGGUUCGGUCUCGCCGGCAUGCUCUUAACACUUGUCUUCCUUCCAGACACCACUGGUCUCGAUCUCAAAGAGCAGGAAAGAAGGUGGAAAUAUAUCAGAUCCGGUAGAGCAUCCGAAUAUCAUGGUAUUGCUAUCCACCCAGCACACUUGUCGAUGUGGGAGAGAUGGAUGAAGGCUGGCAAAAGCUAUGACCCCAAGUUGGAUGCCGGAGACAAGAUUCUCGAAAUGCGCCAAGAAUGGGAACUCAAGCAAACUGAGAAAGGCAAGAAUGAGGAAGAUAUUGCAACCUACGAUGAUGAUUGGAGUCAGGAAAUUCACCAAUACUUCCGUUCCGACAACAGUCCUAGACGAACUCGCGCGCCAACUCGCGUUGAGAAUACAUCUGAAACUACGAGCGAUGAAAUUACGAGGGAGAAGUAG